UGAGACGUAAAGGAACAUCAAAAGUUGAUCCAAAAUGACAACAACAAAGCCACCAUCUCGGCCCAUUGAAAAAUGGACCGAGAAAGAUGUCCACUUGUGGCUGAUGACAGAGGUCAAAGUUCAUGAAACUUGUGCAGACAAAUUCUGUGAAGAGGAAGUGUCUGGAGACAUUUUAGUUGAGCUUGAAAAGAAAGAUAUAUUGGGAUUAGGAAUAAAGCACGGUCCUGCUAUAAAAAUCACAUCUUAUCUAGAAAGUCUGAAAAAGGGAUCACAACAUGAGUCACAGUUCCCAGCAUAUGUGGAAAACUGGACAAAGGAGCAGGUGAAGCAGUGGUUACUGCAGCAUGUCAACAUAUAUAGCAAAUAUGCAGAACGGCUCCAUGAAGAAGAUGUGUCUGGAGAUUGUCUUGUUUGCUUCAACAACCAGGAUUUUCUGGACUUAGAAGUCAAAGGCGGUCCUGCUGUAAAGAUCCUGAAAAAACUUGGUCAGUUGAAAAACAAUUCAGAACCGACACUGAAACCCAUCCCUCACACCAGCACAGAUCAAACAGAAGCUGCAAAACCCACUCAACCUGAACUGAGUCUGGCUGAGGCCAUAGAAACCAAACAACCAGAAUCACGAAACAAAAUUGAAUCAAAAAGAAAAGAACUGGUGGAAAAAGACUUUGAAAUGUCUCAGGUCCCAUUCAAGAAAGCUUCAGAAGAGGAAAUUCAUCAGCCAAAGCCAAAGGACUAUGGGGCCAGGAGAAAAGAAACCACCAGGACCACAGUUCUAUCAGAUGUACCCAAAAUCACUGUGGAGAUCCAGAAAACCCUUGACAACCUUUUAAAAGAUGACCUUAAAAGAUUUCAUUUCCAUGAAUACACUAAAUCCACAAAUAAAUCAAUUCCGAAAGGUAAACUGGAAGGCAAGGACACCAUGGACACUGCUAAAUUAAUGACUGAACACUAUGGAGAGAAGGAGGCCUUACGAAUCACAAUAGACAUUCUACAAAAUAUCGAUCAGCGUGAACUUGCUCUUCAGCUGGAAAACAGGAUGGGUCAACUGGAGCAGUGGUGUCUCUCAAAAGAAGUGAUAAAGAAAGAAGCAAACCAAGGAGACAAACUAAAGAAUUUGUUAACUUGUGGUGGGAACUCACUGGACAACUAUGGCAGAUUUGUUGUUGUUGUGAACAAAAGCAGUCCAGAACAAUUGCAGUAUCUCCAGUUUUUGAAUAAGCUGAAACUUUUCUGUGUGUUAGACUUUGAUCCCAGCUCUGUUACUCCAGGUGGACUGUGUCAUUCCUACAGAGAGUCAAGGGUAGCCAAUCUGCAUAUCCCAUCACAAUAUCAAGGGCAGACUGACUCAGUGAUUAAGAGCCUUAAUCUCUACAAACAGACCAGCUGGGUCUUCUGCAAUGGCAGAAAUGACCUUGACAGUGACUCAGACAAGGAGUUAGAUUAUAAGAACUGGCUGAGGAAAUCUUGCAAAGGUGUAGAAAACUUGGUUUCAUUCGUUUGCAAUCCUGAGGUUUUUCUCGCUGGAAGAUGCCUCAUCAUAUUCCUCCUACUUUCACCUGUAGACACUGAGGAAGACCCAAUCUUUGAGAUCUACAAGGCCUUUAUAAAACAGACUGAAGAGGAAAGCAUCAUUACUAUUAGUGCAUCUUGGAGCACGUAUGAAAAAUGGAAGGAGAUGAUACAAGCAAAGUGUAGAUCCGACAUCGACCCACGAUCUAUAUAUGAGCUGACCCUCAGCGAGGUCAAUGGAACAGUAAUGGCACUGGGACCAUUCAAUCAGUCAUCUGGAAGGCUGCUACCCUCUUCUGACUCCAGUUUUGUUGUUCUAAAGCAAAAGGACGAAGACUUAUUGACAGCUCUAGAUAUAUUAUGUCUGAAUCAGUGUGAAAACAUUUAUGAUGAAAACAGUCCAGAGUUUCAUGACUUCAGAAUCAAAGUUGAGGAAGAAUUCUACAGAGGAGGCAAAGUCACAUGGUGGAACUUCUACUUCUGUGACAAAGACCAAGACAAGCCAUUUGUCAAGCGGGACAAGUAUGAAAAUGUGAAGAAGAUGAUUACGUCUCAGUUGAGAGCUUCAAAAGACAUGUGCAUUCUGUUCAAUCUGUUUCACCACCCAGGCUGUGGUGGUAGCACCUUAGCAAUGCAUUUGAUGUGGAAUCUUCGUCAAGAGUCCAGAUGUGCCGUGUUGAAAGACAAUACACAUCUAAAAGCAGACGUUGCCAUCCAAGUUGUUAAACUCAUGAAUCUUGAAAGCGAAAGACCUUCUCCAGUUUUGCUGUUAGUUGAUGACUCAAAGGAAACAGAGAAUCAUUAUGAACUUGUAAGCAGCAUCCGUCAAGCUGUAGAGGAUUACUGUAACAUAAAUGUGGAUGAUGAAAAAAAUUGCAAAGUCAUCAUCCUCAACUGUGUUCGUUCCAAUAGCCCAAAGGAACAAUACAAACGACACAAUCCAAGUCAAUUCAUCACUGCUUCAUUGACUAAAGAAGAACAAAAUCAUUUUGAGAAAAAACUCAAAGAGCUGAAAGAAACUCAUGAAAAACCUGAAAACUUUUACAGCUUCAUGAUCAUGAAGAGCAAUUUUGACAAAAAGUACAUUGAUGAUCUUGCCCGUAACACACUGGAGAACUUUGAUUUCAGUUCAAAUGAAGGCCGACUGUUUGCCUUUCUAGCGUUACUUAACACUUAUGUGGCAGAAUCUGAAAUCUCUCUCUCACUCUCUGAAGAUUUUUUGGGCAUGAAAGUGAUUCACUGGAAAGAGGAUAGUGUAAUGGAUAGAAUGAAGCGAUAUUCAAACGUUCUCAUCAUAGACAAAGUUGAAGAAUGGGGAGGAUACAAAGGGAUCCGAAUCCUUCAUCACUCCAUAGCAUCUGCAUGCCUGGAAGAGUUGGAGAGAAGCUGCUUUUUAAAAGUAAGUGAUAUCACUAUGGAGAUUCUUCACUGUGAUCUGUUCUUCAAUGUUGGAGUUGCCAAACACAGAGACUCAAUUCAAAAAAUGUUGAUUCAAAGGCAGCGAAAGAAAGAUGGACUAGAGAGAGAACUAUUUUCUCCUCUCAUAGAUAAAAUCCACAACCAGGAAGGGAGACAAACUGUCCAAAAAAUCUUUUUGAAAGCAUCAUCCAGGUUUGAAAAAAGUUUAUCUAUUCCUCAGGCACUGGCGAGAUAUUUGUACAUCAAAGAAAGUGACUUCCCAGAGGCUGGAAAAUGGGCCGAAUAUGCCAAGAACAUUAAAGAAAAUACAUGCACAUUGGACACAAUUGGGCAGAUUCACAAAAGCAAUUUAACAUCCAACAACAACAGAGAAAAGCAGGAGACAUCACGCAAUCCAGAAGACUUAAACACAAACAUUAAAAUAGCGGAUAAUGCUAUCAGAGCAUUUAAAAGGGCUCAAGAGCUGGCAAAUACAGAGGAUGAACCUGAGGAGGAAGUUGCUGAUGAUGCAUCAGAUGACUAUCAGGGAAAGUCAUUAGUCUAUGGCUAUGUGGGUGUGCUGGAAAUAGCUUUUCUGGUAUUUGACAUAUUGAGCAGAUUGCCUUUCUUUGAAGGAAAUGAUCCGAUGAGGAAGAAGUACUUCCAGAGUUUCCUUCAAAAGAUAAUCCCAAUCACCAGCGUGCAUAAAGAAGAGAAUGAGAUCAACAACAGAUACGUGGAGAUCAUAAAAGAGCAUGAACCGUUUCUCCUCACUCACACUAACCCUGUGUCUGUCUCUUGUUCCCGCUCUGACCUGCUGCUUCCUCCGCUGUGCCUGCAUGCUCCCAGCCUCCGUCUCCAACUUGGGAUACCUUCUGUGUACACAUCUCUGCCUGUUCACCUCGUGUCCCGUAACAACCUGGACUCUUCCCCGUCGGCUCGCAUCAAGCCUCGGACCAGCCAGGAGUUUCCCCACCCUGACACUACCUGCAGUGUUUCACUGAGUACACUCUACUCCAUUAAAUCUUUUGAAACUGCUUUACGUGCUCUGUGUGAUAUCUCUGUGUUCUGGGUGAAAGCAGCCUCCAGAUUCCUGCUGAUAAAGCCAUUCAGCCUGAUGACUACAUCUGAUCGAGGAGAUCAAGGGGUCCAGGUCCAGGUGGAGAGAUUCAUGCAAGGUGCUGCUGGACACCAGCGCUGCAGUGGAGUGGGAGAGACACAUCACAAGGAUCCAUGUUUGCACUUCAACUUCAGCCCAGCAGAGUGCCUACAGGAACCCAGUCCGGGUUCAGACGCCGACGGAGAGAACCAGCAUUGCUGA